CCGAAACGCCGAUCCGCGGCUUCUCGGCAACAAAGGAGUACAGUAUUCAUGACGGAGGAUGAGAUGAUCUCAAUGCUCGAUAAGGCUGAUCCGAGUAAGCAGCAGAACGAAGUUGAGACAACGGUAGCCAUCGAGAGCAGUGAGCCAAGCCCCCUUAGACGAGAGCAGGUCACAAAACACCUCAGUGUCCUGGGACGCAAUCCAUUCACACAAGCGCAUAUUUACACGACAGCGACGCUCACGGAUUUGUAUCUCUCGGACAUCGAUGUUAUUCGUGAGUUUCCGCACAUUCAGCACUUGGUGUGUAGACAAAACGAGCUCCACUCCUUGUCUCCUCUACAGUAUAUUCCAUUGCUGCUGACGCUGGAUGCUGCUGAGAACCAGCUCACGGAGGUGCUAGACUUUAAAGUCCCAAAGUGCUGUCCGGAUAACGCUUGGGUGGAUGGAGCUCGCUGGAUUGGCUCGAUCCUACGCAAAGCCACACUUGACAAGAACCAGAUCGUCUUUAUGCCACGUCAUGAGCUCGCAUAUACACAUCCAUUCCUGCUGGAACUGCGACUUGCUCAGAACGCUAUUGAGGAGAUCUCGGGUGUCAGUCAGCUCCGAUUCUUGCGACUACUAGACCUCUCACACAAUCGCUUGACGUCCAUGCGUGGAUUGGUGGGCGAUGAGGAUUCGUCGCGUGGACUGCAGGCGUUAGAGACGCUGCUGCUGGGUCACAACCAGCUCACGGCUACUGAUUCUGGAGUGACCUUUCUCCCUCGAUUGGCACACUUAAAUGUAGCUCACAAUCAGCUCAGAACGUUGUCAAGUCUCGGGGAUUGCGUUCGAUUGCAGCGAUUAGAUCUCGCGUGUAACAACGUAGCAGAUAUCAACGAGCUCAAUUGUUUGGCAAAUCUGCGGUAUCUGGGGGAAAUUGCACUUGACGGCAACCCGCUAGUAGAGACUCAAGUCUCGCGCGUAUUUUAUCGUGCUCGAGUUCUGCGAAGGCUGUUGCAGCUAGAAAAGCUGGACGAUGAGCAAGUGACGUCCAAGGAGAAAGUCAAGGCGCUCGUCAUGCAUGGUAGCGAUCUAGAAGCGCGACGGCAAGUGUCAGCUAAGUACCUCCCCGGACAAGAGUUCACCGAUUUUCUGCCCCCGCUCAACUUUGAGGACGACGAGCAGCUCGAGCUUCCACUUCGCCCUACGCCUCCGCUGGGAGAUAAGACAGGCAGAACCUAG